AUGCCAAACCACCAACACCAGUUUUUGAAAACCCUAGACUUGUUUUAUGUGUUUUUUCUAUUCUGCUUGUUUUGUUUGGUUUCUGGGGAAGUUUUUCCCGAGAAACUGAUUCUCCUUGAGUUCAAAAACUCCAUUUCUGACCCUUUUGAGCUUUUAUCCAGCUGGAGAGCAGACAAUUCCGACCACUGUUCAUGGUUUGGCGUCUCAUGCGACUCCAAUUCUAGGAUUUUGGAGCUGAAAAUAAGAGGUAACAGUUUUGAUGCUUUUUCUUGUUCUGAGAAUUCCGAGAUUGCAUUGCAUGGCUUUGGAAUUAGAAGAAACUGUUCUGAUAGAAAGGGAAAACUAGUUGGAAAACUAUCUCCUGUAAUUGCAGGGCUGACUGAACUUAGGGUUUUGUCACUCCCAUUUAAUGAACUUGAUGGUGAGAUUCCUAAUGAAGUCUGGGGUUUGAAAAAUCUUGAAGUGCUUGAUCUUGAAGGGAAUUUAAUUACUGGGAAUUUGUCAAGUGAAUUCAGUGGUUUGAGGAAAUUGAGGAUUUUUAACCUUGGGUUUAACAGAAUUGUUGGGAAGUUUCCAAAUUCACUUUCCAAAUGUAGGGUUCUUAGGGUUUUGAAUUUAGCAGGUAAUCAAAUAAAUGAUGGGAUUCCGGGGUUUGUUGGUAGUCUUAAGAAGUUAAAAGGGCUUUAUUUGUCGUUUAAUCGGUUAGUUGGGCCUAUUCCAGAUAGUUUUUGGAAAAACUGUCAGAAUCUUGAACAUUUGGAUUUGUCAGGGAAUUACCUAAAUGGGGAAAUCCCGCGUAGCUUGGGCAAUUGUAGUCAGUUAAGGACAGUUUUGUUGUUCUCAAACGCUUUCUAUGGUGUCAUACCUUCCGAGUUUGGUAGGCUUCGAAGGCUUGAUGUUCUAGAUGUUUCGAGAAAUAGCCUCGGUGGUCCUGUGCCCGCGAAGCUUGGAAAUUGUGCCAGUUUGUCAGUUCUUGUCCUUUCGAGUGACAUUAAUUUGCUCACGAAUGUGAGGAGGCCACGUGGAGAUGCACCAUUUGAACUAUUUCGUGCUGCUUUGGAUGAUUACAAUUUUUUUGAAGGCUCCAUUCCUGUGGAGAUUACAAUGCUUCCAAAGUUGAAAAUAAUAUGGGCCCCAAGUGCAAAUCUUGAAGGUAAGUUUCCGAGCAACUGGGGCCAUUGUGAUAGCUUAGAAAUGGUUAACUUUGCUGAAAAUUUUUUCACUGGAGAAAUCUGUGGUGUGUUUGGAGGAUGCAAGAACCUGCAUUAUCUCAAUUUGAGCUCAAAUGCACUUAGCGGACAGCUUGACGAAAAACUUCCAGUUCCUUGUAUGACCAUAUUUGAUAUUAGUGGAAACCUCAUGUCAGGAUUAAUUCCAAGCUUUAAUCACAAUGCUUGCCCUCGUCUUCCCUCUUUGACUUCAGAUCUUCUCCAACCUAACAACCCAUCCUCUGUGUAUCUGUCAUUGUUUACACAUAAAACUCGCUUUGAAAACCCGCUGCCAUUUUCCAGAGUCAAUGUUCCCAUAAUUCACCAUUUUGGUCAGAACAACUUCACUGGUGCAAUCACAUUGCUUCCGAUAGCCCCUGAAAGAUUACAGAAACAAAAUGAGUAUGCAUUUCUGGCUGAUGGAAACAAUCUUACAGGAUCUUUUGGUGGAAACUUAUUUGGAAAGUGUGAUGGAAUAAACGGAAUGAUUGUUAAUGUUAGCAACAACAAAAUAUCUGGUCAAAUCCCAUCAAAUAUUAGUAUGAUGUGCAGAUCUCUUAAAUUUUUGGAUGCUUCCAGGAACCAGAUUUCUGGGUCAAUACCUCAAGGUCUUGGGUAUUUGAAAUCACUCAUUCUGCUUAACUUGAGCUGGAACAAAUUGAAUGGUCAGAUUCCAGUUGAUCUUGGUCAGAUGAAACAUCUCAAGUACCUUCGCUUGGCUGGCAACAACCUAACUGGCUUCAUCCCUUCUGUCUUCGAGCAGCUACACUCCCUUGAAGUUUUAGAACUUUCAUCAAACUCUCUUCGUGGUGAAAUUCCACAAGGUCUUGCAUACUUGAGAAAUCUAACUGUUCUUUUGCUCAACAAUAAUAAAUUGUCAGGCAAGCUCCCUUUGGCUUUGGCAAAUAUGACAUCACUCACCUCAUGUAACGUCUCUUUUAAUAAUUUGUCUGGGCCGUGGCCAUUGGAUAUUAAGUUGCUGAAUUGUAGUAGCUUUCUUGGGAACCCUCUUCUUCCUUGCCCUAUAAUUUCCUUUUCUGUACCUCCAACAGAGCAGCAGGGUAGCAAUAAGUCACAGAAUCACGCUGCUUCUCCAUCUGAAAGUAAUUCUAAAAGUGGAAAAAAAGGGAUCAAUUCUAUUGAGAUAGCAUCCAUAAUAUCUGCAUCAGCCAUUGUCACAAUUCUCCUGGCUUUUGUUGCCCUCUUUUUUUACACAAGAAAAUGGAUACCGAAUUCGAGAGUGCAGGUAUCUGAAUCUUCUGACAGAAGGGAAAUUAUAGUUUUCAAUGACAUAGGGGUACCAUUGACAUAUGACAAUGUUGUCCAGGCCACAGGGAAUUUUAAUGCAAGCAACUGUAUCGGCAGUGGUGGUUUUGGUUCAACUUACAGGGCUGAAGUCUCUCCAGGAACCAUAGUGGCUGUUAAGAGGCUCACCAUUGAAAGGUGUCAAGGUGUUCCACAGUUUGCUGCUGAGAUUAGCACCCUAGGAAGGAUUAGACAUCCAAACCUCAUAACUCUGGUUGGUUACUACGCCAGUGCAGCAGAGAUGUUCCUCAUAUAUAAUUUUCUGCCAGGAGGUAAUUUGGAAGAAUUUAUACAGGAAAGAACUAGAAGAGCUUUAGACUGGAAGAUACUUCACAAGAUUGCUCUAGAUAUUGCUUGCGCACUUACUUAUCUCCAUGACCGGUGCAAUCCUCGUGUUCUACAUCGAGACAUCAAGCCAAGUAAUAUCUUGUUGGAUAAUGACUUAAAUGCGUAUUUGUCAGACUUUGGAUUGUCUAGGCUCCUGGGAACUUCUGAAACACAUGCGACAACUGGUGUUGCAGGAACGUUUGGAUAUGUAGCACCAGAAUAUGCUCUGACAUGUCGUGUGUCUGAUAAGUCUGAUGUUUACAGUUAUGGAGUGGUGCUACUUGAAUUGAUUUCAGAUAAGAGAGCUUUGGAUCCUUCGUUUUCUUCACAUGGAGAUGGUUUCAAUAUUGUCUCAUGGGUAUGCAUGCUAUUGCGACGUGAUCAGGCAAAUGAGGUAUUCGCUGCUGGUCUAUGGGAUGCAGGUCCCCAGGAUAGUCUGGUAGACAUACUUUACUUGGCUGUUUUAUGUACUGUUGACUCCCUAUCUGCUAGGCCUACAAUGAAACAGGUCCUCCAGAGGCUGAAACAACUUCAACCUCCAUCAACCUAG